AUGACAAUGACAAUAUAUCAAAAUUUUGGUAACUACGAACCAUGUAUCUCUCUUCUACAACGUUUGUCGAAUAUCGAAUAUUUAACACUAUUAUUAGCUAUAAGCGAAGAUGUUACUACACCAAAUCAUUUUAUUGAUGGAUUUGUGUUAGAGAGAAAUAUUCUUCCAUACAUGUUUCGUUUACGGCAAUUUAAUUUCCAUAUUUGUUUAAUCUUAAAAAAUGCUUCUCAUAUAACAAUUGAUCAAAUUCGUCAAAGUUGUAUAAAACAACAACAACAAUUUGAUUGUAUACUUGAUCAUUUCAAAAAUAAAUAUGAACAAUGUCAAAUCUAUUCAAUUCCAUUUGUUGGUACUCGUCUUGACUUUAUAUUAAAUCGAUUUCCACUCUUUGAUAUUAAUAACACGUUCUCAAAUGUUACUAUUCUGUUACUUUUUGAUGACGUCAAACCUUUUGAAAGUAUUUUCUUUGAACGUGUUACUCAAGCUUUGCCUCGACUUAAAACACUCGAGAUAAUUAAUCAACUUGAACAAUGA